AUUUAUACUAGUAAAAUGUGCAGAAGAGCUUACAAUCUGUACCAGUAGAAUGUGCAGAAGCCCUUUAUGAAUGAGCAGUUGCAUAAAUAAAACUAAAGUCUCCAAUCAAUGCUUUGACAUUUCUAUUCUAUUGAUGUAUUAAGUCUUUUUUCCUUGUAACAUUGUCUUGCUGUUUAUCUUGAAAGAAGGAUACAGGGGGAGAGAGAGAAACAGACAUGGUAGAAAUGAAAACAAAGCAAUUAAAUAGAUUGACAGGUGUGGUUUGUGUGAGAUGUGUAUGAAAGUGUCAGGGGUGACGUUGGCAGGAGGAGGAGGAGUAACUAAGUGAAGCAGGAAAGGCAGCUCGAUGUGUCUGUCUAUCAGUUGAGAGUGUCUGAGAAGCCCAGGGAUCUGAAUGUGUGUGUUAUAUUACACUGGAAAAAAAAGAAGAGAGGGACGCUGGAUCUCCUCCUCUCCCUGGAGUUUAUGCACAGCCCGUGAUCACUUCUCUCCAGCGCUCUGAAAAUCAUUUUUUCUACUAACUCCUUUAAAUCUACAUUUGCAGCAACUGUAUUUUUGUGUGCUUUUUUUUGUUGCAGAUCGAGAUCACAAAGCUAGCAUUUUUUUUUCUUUUUCCAGAAUGCACUCUACCUGACAGCAUGCAUUUGUAUCAUUGAUCAGUGAAGAAGAAGAAUAGGAAGUAAUUCCCGGGGAUGCUGGAAGGUGGAGAAGCCACCCAGUGUAUGUAUCUCUUCUCUUCUCCUCUUACUACAUCUCUGAUCUGCCAUUAAAUGUUCAGACGGAAAGGACACACGGCAGUCAAUCAGCUGCUGGGAAAGAAAAAGCAGAAAUGAAAGAAGCCUUGGCAAUCCACAGAAAGCCCACAACCACGAGCUGAAGGCAGAGAGGGGGGGAAAAGUUGCAGCUUUUGAGACUCUUGUUUGAUCUCGGAUAAAGGCUGUAGGGGGAGUGACUGCGCUUUAACCAUAUUCUAGGGGAGCAGCCAGUGAACAAUUGUAUGAAGAACACGGACAGAAAGCAUGGAUCUGGACUGCUGCUUGAAUUGAUCUUGUUGGGUGUCAUUCUGAUUUCUUGUCCAGACUUCGAAUCCAGUUCUUUGGGAGGCAGCGAUUUGCAUUAAAAACACAAGUCUCAAUAAAGAUAUUUAUGACAAACAGGAACUUGCCAUGAAAAAGCAGUGCGUGUAAACGUGUGUCUGGAUUUUGUGCCAAGCUGCGCUCGUGUAGCCCCCCUGGGCACGGGGAGAGGCGAGUCCAGCCGAUCUACUUUGGGCAUAACCCUCAUGUCAACCCGCUUUUAGUGCAUUCCCUUCAGCUCCACAGUUUUGAGAAAAAGCAAAAGUUUUCUUUCUCGUCACCCACGCACCCCCAUAUCUUCUGAGCCAGCCUCUUUUUGUUUUAUCUUUUUGAUUGCCUCGUGUCCUGCAUGAACACAGAGGGAUUGGAGAAGUCCUGCGGAAACCCCCAAGCUGCCACGGCAGGAUGCCCAGGAGAAAACAACAAGCACCCAGGCGCUCUGCAGCAUACGUUCCUGCAGAGGAAUUAAAGGCAGCUGAAAUUGAUGAAGAUAAUGUAGAAGACGAUGGUCUUUCGUUAGAUGUCCAAGACAGUGAAUAUUUAUUCAGUGAGGAACCAGACAACAAAGAGACUCAGAGCUAUCAAAAUUCUCCCGUCAGUAGUGCAACUAAUCAGGAUGCUGGCUAUGGUUCACCCUUUAGUGAAGCAAGUGAUCAUCUAGCAGAUUUUAAAAGUACUUCCUCUAAGGAUGGACAGGACAGGGAAGACAGCCAGAAUGUGGACAACACAUCUUACCCUCAGGACAGCUUGGCACAAAUCAAAGCAGUCUAUACAAAUUUGCUUUCAGAGUGCAGUUGGCCUCCUCUGGCUUUGGAUCUGAAAAAAUCUAACUCAAGCUCCAAUGCAAGUAAACAGAGUGAAAGCACAGAUAGAAAGGCUGACUCUGAAUCUCCCACAACCAUUACAAGCAGCAGUACUACUACAAGUACUAGUGUUAGUAUUAGUACAACUAACAGUACUAGUAGUAACAGUGCUCCUGGGUAUGACUGGCACCAGGCAGCCCUGGCAAAGACAUUACAGCAAACAUCAUAUGGACUUUUGCCAGAGCCCAGCUUGUUUAGCACAGUGCAGCUUUAUCGACAAAACAAUAAACUGUACGGGCCUGUGUUUACUGGUGCCAGCAAAUUUCGAUGCAAAGAUUGCAGUGCAGCCUAUGACACACUGGUUCAACUGACUGUGCACAUGAAUGAAACGGGUCAUUAUCGUGAUGACAACAGAGACAGAGAAGCGGAGAGGACAAGACGCUGGUCUAAACCUAGAAAGAGAUCACUUAUGGAGAUGGAGGGCAAGGAAGAUGCACAGAAAGUAUUGAAAUGCAUGUACUGUGGACAUUCCUUUGAGUCUUUGCAAGAUCUAAGUGUUCACAUGAUUAAAACGAAGCAUUACCAAAAAGUGCCUCUAAAAGAGCCAGUACCGGCCAUUACAAAAUUGGUCCCUACAACGAAAAAACGGGCUCUUCAGGAUAUCAUUUCACCCGAUUCCCCUGAACAAGCAGGAAUCUCCCCAGGGGCCAUUGCAAAUGAUAAUACAAAGGACCCAAAAACUGCCAAUCCAUACGUGACCCCUAACAACAGAUAUGGAUAUCAAAAUGGUGCUAGUUACACAUGGCAGUUUGAGGCACGCAAGGCUCAAAUUCUAAAGUGUAUGGAGUGUGGUAGCUCUCAUGAUACUUUGCAGCAGCUCACUGCUCAUAUGAUGGUAACUGGACAUUUUUUAAAAGUGACUAGUUCAGCCUCAAAGAAAGGUAAACAGCUUGUCAUGGAUGCAGUGGUGGAAGAAAAGAUUCAGUCAAUACCUUUGCCACCAACUACACAUGCAAGGCUACCAGCAUCUUAUAUAAAGAAACAACCGGACUCACCUGCUGCAUCUCCACAUCCUGAUGACAGGAAGGAUAUUGAAAAGGAGAAGGCAACAAGUCCAGAGCCAGAGAAAAAGAUUAAAGAAGAAAUUGAGGACUCAGACAAAAACGAGCCUGCAACUUCUUACCAGUACCUCAGAGAAGAAGAUUUAGAUGACAGUCCUAAAGGUGGGCUGGAUAUUUUGAAAUCACUAGAAAAUACAGUGUCCUCAGCGAUCAGUAAAGCUCAAAAUGGAGCACCAUCAUGGGGAGGAUAUCCUAGUAUCCAUGCUGCUUAUCAGUUGCCAGGAAGUAUAAAAAUGCUACAGCCAACUGUACAGAGUGUUCAGAUGCAGCCUUCUUAUGCCAGCAGCGUAAAAUCAAUGGCAUCUGACCACAAUGCUUUGAUUCACUCUCCAGGAAGUUUAACCCCUCCACCUCACAAAAGCAAUGUCUCUGCAAUGGAAGAACUAGUUGAGAAGGUGACAGGAAAAAUCAAUAUAAAGAAAGAUGAAAAACCAGUAGAGAAAGAAAGGGUAACUCCUGUCAAGCCAGCAUCUCCAGUGGCAAAAGAAAACAAAGACAUUCUUAAAUGCGAGGAAGCCAAUUCUAAAGUUAUAAAGAAAAAUAUAGAGGCUGAAAGUCCAAAGACAAAAAAGGAAGUCCCAUUAGAGCCCCAUACACCAAAUGGAACAGAUCCUCUUAAAACAAAAGUUACUAAUGGAUGCAACAGCUUAGGAAUUAUUACAGACCAUUCAUCUGAGCCAUCAUUUAUUAAUCCACUGAGUGCAUUGCAGUCUAUAAUGAAUACACAUUUGGGAAAAGUCUCAAAACCCAUUAGUCCGUCUUUGGAUCCACUGGCAAUGUUAUAUAAAAUUAGCAAUAGUAUGUUGGAUAAACCUGUCUACCCCACUACUCCUGUUAAACAAGUAGAUUCUAAUGAUCGGUACUACUAUGAGAACAGUGAUCAGCCAAUUGAUUUAACAAAAUCUAAAAAUAGACCUCUUGUUUCAAGCAUGACAGACCCUGUUUCCCCACCUCUUAGAGAAAGCGCACUGAUGGAUAUAUCUGAUAUGGUGAAAAACCUCACUGGACGCUUGACACCCAAGUCAUCUACACCAUCUACUGUAUCUGAAAAGUCAGAUGCAGAUGGCAGCAGUUUUGAAGAGGCAUUGGAUGAAUUGUCUCCGGUGCAUAAAAGAAAGGGUAGACAGUCCAACUGGAAUCCUCAACAUCUCCUUAUACUUCAGGCCCAGUUUGCAUCAAGCUUAAGGGAAACACCCGAAGGCAAAUAUAUCAUGUCAGACUUGGGUCCUCAAGAACGGGUACAUAUCUCUAAAUUCACAGGUCUUUCAAUGACCACAAUUAGCCACUGGCUGGCCAAUGUCAAAUAUCAGUUGAGGAGGACAGGGGGUACAAAAUUUUUAAAGAAUUUGGACACGGGACAUCCUGUUUUCUUUUGCAAUGAUUGUGCCUCUCAGUUCCGGACUGCUUCAACAUACAUAAGUCAUUUAGAAACACAUUUAGGCUUUGGCUUAAAAGAUCUUUCAAAGCUUUCUAUCAGUCAGAUUCAAGAACAACAGAAUGUUUCAAAAGUUAUCACCAAUAAGGCUUUAAGCUCAAUAGGUCUUAUUGACGAGGACUCGGGCUCCACAUUCCAGUGUAAGCUUUGCAACAGGACUUUUGCAAGCAAGCACGCAGUUAAACUGCACCUUAGUAAAACACAUGGAAAGUCCCCAGAGGACCAUGUGAUAUAUGUAACUGAAAUGGAAAAACAGUAACAUCAAGUCAUGCAGCCAGGUAUGCAAGUGACCACAAGAACAUUGCACUAAACAUAUUCAUAAUACUGCACUAGGCCUGACCUGAGCCUCUGAAAUCAGUCUUAUUUUUUGUUGCUGAACUGCCUAUCUGGAAUUUUUUUUUUUUUUCUUACACAUAUUUUAUAUUUAUAUUUAUAUUCUCUUUGUCUGAUUUGUGCAUGUUUCUUUUUUGUGAGUCAAUGUCUGACCUUUAAUUUUCAACAUCUGUUCUUGAUGUUAAGCUAUCUUUUGUAGAAUGUAGUGGGAGACACCAUUGAGAGACAUUAAUUUAACCACAAAGCAACACAAAGAACAAUGACAAAAAAAACAAAACAAACAUCCUAAAAUUAACACGUUGCCAUGACAAUAAAGGUUGGAAAAUCUAGUGGCGUCAAGUUAACCCUUUGAGCACUGCCAUAGCAUUUCUGUGCCUUUUCAUAUUAAAUAAAAAACAUAUUUAACUAAAGUCUAUACAAUUCAAACAUUUAAAAAUUAAAAUAUAUUAGUUUAAAAAUAAUACAGAACAUAAAACAAAUUAUGCAUGCAGCCCUGGGAUGAAGGAGGAACGCUAUAGAGUACUCUUAGGGUUACAAUGCCACAUAUGUAAAAAAUAAAAUAGUAAAUAAUAGUACAAAAGGAAGAACAAAAUAGAAUAUAUAUCAUAUUUACUUCACCAUUAAGUGAGAGAUAUCAGAAUGGGAAAAGAUGAUGUUUCACUUGGGCAAAUUUCUGUAUGCAAAUAUGUUAUUUACAUGUGUAGAAACUAUUUCUUGUUUUACAAGAUGAAAUUUACAGUUUAUAAUUAUUUGCAAAUGUAAGCUUUGGUACAAGCUUAUGUGUUCUUACAGCAGUGCUGCAUUUUGAUCUCUUUUGCUACCAGCAGGUUAACCAUUAUAAGCAUCAGAGGUAUCUUAACCACUUGAGCAGUCGGGCAUCCAAGGGUUCAAAUUUGUACAUCACAGGUCCUUCUCCUGGACAAAAUAAUAGAACAGCCUGGGACAAAUAUUGGAUUCUGUUUCCUGUAAAUAUAAGAUAAUAAUUUAAGAGUACAUGUUACAAUAUACCAUUUGAAACAGUUCUGCUUUCUUUGUACCUUCUGGCUGUAUGCUUUCACUUUGAACUUUUAUAUUGUCAUUUUAUAUUCAAUUCCUAUGUAUAUAAAAUGUAAAAAAAAAAUCACAUUUUUGAAUAAAAUUAAGUUCCUGCAGAUUGACUUAAACUGAGAAAUUUUACUGUCGCCUGCAUCUUUUCAGAUGCACGUACAAAAGUAACUGACAAAAAAAUUGAAAUAAAUACAAAAUAAAGUAAUGCACUAUGAAUUAUACAUUUUGAUGUUCUAUCAUUAAUAUUGUACAGUACAUUUCGGUUCACACAAUUAAAUCCACUGUUUUCUCAAGUGUGAAAUAAACCCACAUGCAGUUCUUGAUUUACA